AUGAUGUCUUCGGCUAAUGAGGAUAGAUUGGCGAGCAGUGAUGGAUCGCAUGGACAAAACAUCAGUGGCGAUGUCUCACUUUCAAGGCUCUUGGCAGCAGCUGACCUCUUGAGAUACGAAAGUAAACUACGGGAUGUGCUGAAAUUGCGACACGCCGGCGAUUUGCAGUACGUUGAAGAGCAGGAUUUGACCGGGAUAGGUGAGUAG